UUUCACUUCUUUCACAACUCAGGUGCCCGUCUUCCUCGCUGCCUGCUGUCCGCACUUUGGCCUCUCAACUCGUCCAUUUAUUUCCCCAAAGUGUGCUUUUUGUUUUCGUAGCCAAUACAGGUUCGUCCCCUUGAAACUUUUAGUCCGUUAUCGAUCCCCCUAUUCCCCGGUUGCUGACCUCCGCAUAUUUGCCUCUCAGCAUCAUGCGCUUUAUCCAGCUUCUCCCCCUCCUCCCAGCGCUUGCUGUGGCGCAAGAGCAGGCUCCCCUCGCGGACCGCGUCCAGGGUUGGUUUAACAAGGCCAAGUCGUAUUUGCCAACGGCAACCCCGGUGAUCCCUGCCGUUGAAAAGGUGGUCGAACAGAAGAAGAUUCAGGAAAAGACCGUCACCCCAUUCAACCUGACUAACUGGCAAUCCAUCCUGGCGCCAUCCGAUGAGCCCCAGGACUGGCUUCUUUUUAUCACUGGUGGGAACAAGACAUGCUUUGGACGUUGUGCUCAAGCAGAGAAAUCGUUCAAUGAAUCCGUUCUUUUAUUCUCUGCUGACCCGACCUCGCCCAAUCUUGGAUACCUGAACUGUGAAUCGAACCAGGUCCUCUGCUCCGCCUGGUCUGCUGGUGCUCCCUCUGUUUGGUACUUCCAGGUCCCUGCUCAGGUCAGCGAGCAACGCCCUGCCACUACUCUCCACACUGUGUAUCUGAACUCGACAACUGUGACCCCCGGGACAAUUUACAAGGUUCACUCCGAGAAGACCUAUGAGAACAAGCCCGCCUACGAAGGCCCCUUCCACCCUACCGAAGGCUGGCUUGCGCAGAAUGGACUCCUGGUCCCUGCUGGCUAUGUUAUCUACGCUUUCAGCGCCAUCCCAAGCUGGCUCUUCAUGAUCUUUAUCAGCUUCUUCAGCAGGACUAUGAUGAGCCGCCGCGUCGGAAACACAGGAGCUCCGGCCCCAGCUGCUCGUUCUAAUUAAACAUUGCUGUUCAUGAGGAUGAUGCUUGCUUCAAUGUUUCAUGAUCAGGGAUGUGUAUAUAAUGAAUUAGCGGUAUCUAAGAGAAACUUGGAUAACUUUGGGCCUUGAUCACAUUAUCUAUCUAUUCUAACACAACCUUGCUCUCUUACAAACAUGUAAUAAAAAUUGAAACAAAUUAGAGCUAUAGUUAAUCAUUCUUUCUUCC